AGAAGAAAAGUAUAGCAGAAACAAAAUACAAAAGGAUUAAUUUGUUGUCGACUGGCAGACUGCCAUUUUUUGCCCUAUCUUCUAGUUGCAACUCAAUUUAACGAUAUAAAUAUUAUCAUUGUUGGGAUGAAAUAUAGAGGAGAGCGAAUGAAAUAAAAAAAAUGUGAUUUGCAAUGCACACGUUUCGAAAAAACUCGGUUGUCUUUAACAGAAACACGAAAAAGACAAAACACGAGAUCGACACCGCGUCCACACAAUCGUCCAUACAAUAUUCAGUGAAAAGUGAAUGAUGACAACAAAAUCCAAAAAUAGAUUUGGCAUAUGAUACCGCGUGCUGACUCAAAUUUAGACUUUGAAACAGAGAAGAAGAUAAAAACAGAAAAAAAAACCACGAACAAUUCUAUUUACACAACGUUUUUCCAGUUUCGGUACACAUUCGAAACGAAUGUCGUAUCAAAGAUUAUAAUGAACCGAAAAAAGAUCCAAAGCAACAAAAUUCAUCUUCAUAGGAUUGUGAUAAACUUUUAGUUUUUUUUUCGUUUCAAUUUAAAGCGUUUAUGAUUUUUCUGCAAUUUAUUUUGAGAAUCGCGUCGAAGAGAGAUUUUUUCAGUGAAAUCUUCGAAAUGAAAGACAAUUUUUGUUGUUGAACUCAUUUUGAAUCGUUAAAUAUGGCGAACUAAAUAAACAAAUCAACCAUAUACAUUUCAAUCAAAUGACAACGUACAAUAAUCUCAAUAAAAAGCAAUUAAAUACAGUGGAGGUGUAAUAGAAUCAGCCGAACGAACAAAAAUAGAAAAAAAAGUCAAAAAUCGGAAAAUCAAGUGGAAGCUCGUGUGCAAGAAGAGACACGAGUUUUAUUUUAUUAUUAUUUUUUUUUUGUACGUUUAUAAUAGUGAAAUCGCGUGUGCGUGCAAUAUGAAUUCCUACGAAUAUGAUACAACAAUGGAGUGUCGUGACAACGGAGUACUAUGCGGUGUUGUUCGCAGUGGCGGCAUCGGACGAGGCUGUCUCCUUGACGGAGUUGCAGCAUCAGCACCACCAGAUGUACCACCACGAAAUCCAACAAUGAAUCGAAUGAAUGGUCGUGUUACCGGCAACCCAUCUGAUUUGGGAGUAGAUUUUGAACCAUCGUGUUUAGUUCGUACACCCUCGGGUUCUGUCUAUAUUCCUAGCGGUAAUAUAAAUAUUAAUAAAGGAUCGCCCAUAGAUUAUAAAAGUGGUUCAGCGUGUUCAACGCCUACAAAAGACACAUUAAAAUCGUACGAUAGAAAUUAUAGUGGUCCCGUUUUGCCACCGCGUAGCGCAAUGUGUGGCGCACCAUCACAUCAUUAUUCAGCACCAUUGAAUUUCCGAAAAGGAAUAGCCGCUAAAUGUUCGUGGAAAUGUACAGCAAUUGCUGUCAUUCUACUCAGCGCUGUUUUGUUAUUAUUAUUGAUUUUAAUCACAGGAUCAAAUGUUUUGACAUGGUCGAACCCAGCGUGUAAUGUUCUAGUCGGUGAUAACUCGGAAAUAACAGCCGCAAAAAGUACUGUACCCGAAACCAAUAAUAAAUCAACGGCGAAUCGAGCAAAACCAUCAAUCUCAUCGACGUCAUCGCCAUCAUCGGCCGGAAAUCCAGCUGCAAAUGGGAAUAAUGGCGCGGGCGACAUUAGCAGUCAGACAACCGGAUCAACUAGUUCAAUUGGAGGUGCAAGAACAUUUCCAGCUCGUAGUUUUCCACCAGACGGCACAACUUUUUCGCAAAUUACACUUGGUCAAAAGCUAUCGAAGCAAAUACCGCCAUACAGCUACUGGAAUAUGCAAUUUUAUCAAUCCGAACCGGCCUACGUUAAAUUUGACUACAAUAUACCACGAGGUGCAUCGAUUGGUGUUUAUGCACGACGAAAUGCACUGCCAACGCACACUCAAUAUCACUUUAAAGAAGUUUUAAGCGGUUUUAAUGCUCGUACAACGCGCUCAACUCAUCAACCAUCGGUGAGCCGAGAAGUGACACGAUAUAUGGAGCCGGGACAUUGGUUUAUUUCAUUGUAUAAUGAUGACGGUGAUGAACAGGAGAUUACAUUUUAUGCAGCUGUUGCCGAUGACAUGACACAAAAUUGUCCGAAUGGAUGCUCCGGUAAUGGUCAGUGCUCCGGUAAUAGUCAUUGCCAAUGCAAUCCAGGAUUUGGCGGCGAUGACUGCAGCGAAAGCGUGUGUCCCGUGCUUUGCAAUCAGAAGGGUGACUACAUCGAUGGAGAAUGUAAGUGCAAUCCUGGUUGGAAGGGUAAAGAAUGUACGCUGCGUCAUGAUGAAUGCGAAAUGGCACCAAAUGGGCAAAUUUGCAGCGGCCAUGGUCACUGCAUGACAGGCACAGGCAAAUGUCAAUGCAUUCGGGGAUUUAAAGGUGCCAUGUGCGAAGAAGUCGAUUGUCCACAUAACAACUCAGGGUUGCCAUGUUCAGGUCAUGGUUUCUGUGCACAAGGUACAUGCAUCUGCAAAAAAGGAUGGAAAGGACCCGAUUGUGGAACUAUGGAUCAAGACGCAUUACAAUGUCUGCCGGAUUGCAGUGGACAUGGUACAUUCGAUUUGGAUACACAAACAUGCAAUUGUGAACCAAAGUGGAGUGGUGACGAUUGCUCCAAAGAAAUUUGCGAUUUAAAUUGUGGAAAUGGAAAAUGCUUAGGUGAAACUUGUUCAUGCGACAGUGGAUGGGGCGGUGAAUUUUGUAAUACAAAAUUGUGUGAUGGGCGGUGUAACGAACAUGGUCAAUGCAAAAAUGGCACAUGUCUAUGCGUGUCCGGAUGGAAUGGAAAACAUUGUACAAUUGAAGGGUGUCCGGCAAGUUGUUCAAAUCACGGAUCAUGUCGUGUCGGUGGCGAAGGACUAUGGGAAUGUCGUUGCUACGACGGAUGGGAUGGAGCCGAUUGUUCGGUUGCAUUAGAGCAAAACUGUGCGGACAACAAAGACAAUGAUAAAGACGGUUUGGUCGAUUGCGAAGAUCCUGAAUGUUGUCAAAAUCAUGCAUGCCGUUCGAGUCAGUUGUGUGUCUCGGCACCAAAACCCAUUGACGUUCUAUUGAGAAAACAACCACCGGCCAUAACUGCUUCGUUCUUUGAACGAAUGAAAUUCCUUAUCGAUGAAGGAAGCCUACAAAACUAUGCCAAACUCGAAACAUUUAAUGAAAGCAUCUUUUGGAAUUAUUUCAACGCAAGUCGGUCAGCUGUAAUCCGUGGACGAGUGGUGACAUCAAUGAAUAUGGGCCUGGUCGGAGUUCGGGUGAGCACAUCAACACCAUUGGAAGGAUUCACAUUAACACGUGAUGAUGGAUGGUUUGAUUUAAUGGUGAAUGGAGGCGGUGCAAUAACAUUACAAUUUGGACGUUCACCAUUCCGGCCACAAAGCGUCAUCGUCCAAGUGCCAUGGAAUGAAGUAAUCAUCAUUGAUACGGUUAUAAUGUCAACAUCAGAAGAUAAAUCACUUGCAAUAACAGCGCAUACAUGCGUUUCACAUGAUUAUGAUACAAUGAAACCAGUUGUACUUGCAUCAUGGAAACAUGGUUUUCAAGGUGCAUGUCCCGAUCGUAGUGCCAUUUUGGCCGAAUCACAAGUGGUACAGGAAUCAUUGCAAAUACCCGGCACUGGCCUAAAUUUAGUGUAUCAUAGCUCGAGAGCGGCUGGCUAUUUGUCAACAAUUAAAUUACAAUUAACACCAGACGUAAUUCCAUCGACAUUGUCGUUGAUACAUUUGCGCAUCACAAUCGAAGGUAUUCUAUUCGAGAGAGUGUUUGAAGCGGAUCCCGGCAUUAAAUUUACAUAUGCAUGGAAUCGGUUGAAUAUUUAUCGUCAACGUGUUUAUGGUGUUACAACGGCCAUUGUUAAAGUUGGUUAUCAAUACACCGAUUGCAAGGAUAUCAUUUGGGAUGUACAAACGACAAAACUGAAUGGACACGAUAUGACAAUUUCAGAAGUUGGUGGAUGGAAUAUUGAUGUACAUCAUCGAUACAAUUUCCAUGAAGGUAUUUUACAAAAAGGUGACGGUUCAAAUAUCUAUUUGAAGAAUAAGCCACGUGUUAUCUUAACGGCAAUGGGUGAUGGACAUCAACGACCACUCGAUUGUACUGAUUGCAAUGGUAUUGCGACCGAACAACGUUUAUUGGCACCCGUUGCACUUGCUUCUGGCUCUGAUGGCAGUUUAUAUGUUGGCGAUUUCAAUUAUAUUCGUCGCAUUAUGACUGAUGGCACCGUUAAGACAGUUGUUGCAUUGAAUGCAACACGAGUUUCAUAUCGUUAUCACAUGGCAAUCAGCCCGUUGGAUGGUUCAUUGUACAUUUCGGAUCCUGAAUCACAUCAAAUCAUAAAAGUUCGAAAUGUUGACGAUUUUAGUGAUCCAGAACAUAAUUGGCAGCCGGUUGUGGGCUCUGGAGAACGUUGUUUGCCAGCCGACGAAGCUCAUUGCGGUGAUGGUCGUUUGGCAAGUGAAGCAAAGCUUGCGUAUCCAAAAGGGAUUGCAAUUGCAUCUGAUAAUACAUUGUAUUUUGCUGAUGGAACAAACAUUCGAAUGGUUGAUAAAGAUGGUAUUGUUUCGACAAUCAUUGGAAAUCAUAUGCAUAAAUCACAUUGGAAACCAAUGCCAUGCGAAGGAACAUUAAAAGUGGAUGAAAUGCAUUUGAGAUGGCCAACCGAAUUGGCUGUUAAUCCACUUGAUAAUACAUUGCACAUUAUUGACGAUCAUAUGAUUUUGCGAAUUGCACCAGAUGGUCGGAUUCGUGUGGUGGCCGGCCGUCCAUUACAUUGUACAUCGACAAGUACUCAAUUGGAUUCCGAUUUGGCUGCGCAUGCCACAUUGGUUCGGCCACAGAGCAUUGCAUUUGGACCGUUGGGUGAUUUAUUUGUGGCCGAAAGUGAUUCACAGCGUAUCAAUCGUAUUCGUGUUAUUGGAACUGAUGGCAAGAUUUCAUUGUUUGCCGGUGCCGAAUCGAAGUGCAAUUGUUUGGAACGUGGUUGUGAUUGCUUUGAAGCCGAUCAUUUCUUGGCAACAAGUGCAAAAUUCAAUACAAUUGCUGCAUUGGCCGUUACACCCGACAAUCAUGUACACAUUGCCGAUCAAGCAAAUUAUCGCAUUCGCAGUGUUAUGUCCAGCAUUCCAGAGGCAUCAAAUCAACGUGAAUACGAAAUAUUUGCACCAGAUACACAAGAAAUUUAUAUCUUCAAUCGUUUCGGACAACAUAUUGCGACGAAAAAUAUUAUGACCGGUGAAACAAGCUACACAUUUACGUACAAUGUAAAUACAUCAAAUGGAAAAUUAAGUACUGUCACCGAUGCGGCCGGAAAUAAAGUGUUUUUGCUGCGAGAUUAUACCACUCAAGUGAAUUCCAUUGAGAAUACCAAAGGUCAAAAGUGUAAGAUUCGAAUGACUCGAAUGAAAAUGUUGCACGAACUAAGCACACCAGACAAUUACAAUGUCACAUUUGAAUAUCAUGGACCGACUGGGUUGCUUAAAACAAAACUUGACUCAACAGGACGAUCGUAUGUUUAUAAUUAUGAUGAAUUUGGACGUUUAACAUCGGCUGUUACACCAACGGGUCGUGUGAUUGAUUUAACAUUCGAUUUAAGUGUACGCGGUGCAACAAUUAAAGUAUCGGAAAAUGCACAAAAAGAGGUGUCAAUGCUGAUUCAAGGCUCAAGUGUUGUUGUUCGAAAUGGUAAAGCCGAAACAAAAACAACCGUUCAGGCGGAUGGCAGUACAUUGAGUGUAACACCAUGGAAUCAUGUGGUCAGCAUGGAAGCCGUUCCAUAUGCAUUAUUGGCCGAAAUAAAUAAAUUAUUGGCCGAAAGUUAUCCGGUGCCAUCGAAGCAACGGGUUGAAGUGGGCGGUGAAUUGGCAAAUCGAUUUGAAUGGCGAUUCUUUACGAAACGUACACAACCCAAAGGUAAAGCACAAAAAGGACAAUUGACACCAAUCAAAACAACGGUUGGCCGUAAAUUACGCAUUAAUGGUGAAAAUAUACUGACAUUGGAAUAUGAACAGGAAACAAAAUCGGUGCUUGUAUUUGUCGAUGAUAAAAUUGAAUUGCUUAAUGUUACAUACGAUCGUCAGGCACGGCCCAUUUCAUUCCAACCACAAUCGGGCGAAUAUGCUGAAGUCGACUUGGAAUAUGAUCGCAACGGACGUUUGACAUUAUGGAAAUGGGGUGAAUUGAAAGAAGAGUAUAGCUUUGAUCGCGGUGGUCGAUUGAAUGAAAUCAAAUAUGGUGACGGCAGUUCGAUUGUAUACUCAUUCAAGGACAUGAUGACAACAUUACCGUUGAAAGUGACAACACCCAGACGCAGUGAUUAUUUAUUGCAAUACGAUAAUGCUGGUGCAUUACAAUCGUUGACAACACCACGUGGACACAUUCAUUCAUUCUCAUUGCAAACAUCACUUGGUUUCUUUAAGUAUCAAUAUUUCUCACCGAUCAAUCGUCAUCCAUUCGAAAUUUUGUACAACGAUGACGGUCAAAUUCUUGCUAAAAUCCAUCCACAUCAAUCGGGCAAAGUGGCAUAUGUAUACGAUGUUGCCGGUCGCUUAGAAACAAUUCUGGCUGGUUUAUCGUCAACACACUACACCUAUCAGGAUGCAUCAAGUCUCAUUAAAUCGGUUCAAGUGUUGGAGCCUGGUUUUGAAUUACGUCGUGAAUUUAAAUAUCAUGCCGGUAUUUUGCGUGAUGAAAAAUUGGAAUUUGUUUCGAAGAGUUCGUUGGCCGCUGCACAUUUCAAGUAUCAAUAUGAUGGUAAUACACGUUUAACGGCAAUUGAAAUGGAUAUUGGUGGCAAAGAAUUGCCCGUUGUUAAGUAUAAAUAUGGACAAAAUUUGGGAUCACUUGAAUCGAUGAGCGAUUUGAAGAUAACACGUAACACUGCCAAUCGUACGGUGGUACAAGAUGCGACCAAACAAUUUUUCCAAAUUUCCGAUUUCGAUGAACAUGGCCGGGUGAAGAGUGUUUUAGUCAAUAUUAAAUCGCUCGAUGUAUUCCGGUUGGAACUUGAUUAUGAUCUACGUAAUCGCAUCAAAACGUAUAAAACAACCAUUGGCCGAUCAACAUCGGUGGACAAAGUGAAUUACAAUGCAGACGGUCAUGUAAUGGAAGUGGUUGGUACAAAUAAUUGGAAAUAUGUACCAGAUGAAAAUGGCAAUAUCAUCAGUAUUUUGGAACAAGGCGAUAAAAUGAAUUUGGGCUAUGAUACCGGGGAUCGUGUCACGCAUAUCGGUGACAUUGAAUUCAAUUCGUACGAUUCACGUGGCUAUGUGGUGCGACGCGGCGAACAAAAGUAUCGUUACAAUAAUCGUGGUCAAAUGAUUCAUGCAUUCGAACGCGAUAAGUUCCAAUCGUGGUAUUUCUACGAUGAAAUGAAUCGUUUGGUUGCAAUCUAUGAUGACAAAGGAAAUGUUACACAAUUCUACUAUGCAAAUACAAUGACACCAAAUUUAGUGACGCACGUUCAUUUCCCGAAGGCAAGCAAAACAUUGCAAUUGUUAUACGAUGAUCGUAAUAUGCUUGUGGCUGUUGAAACUGGUGAACAACGAUACUAUACGGCCACCGAUCAAAAUGGUUCACCGUUGGCAUUCUUCGAUAUCAAUGGUAAUGUUGUGAAGGAAGUGCGCCGUACACCAUUUGGUCGUGUCAUCAAAAAUACCAACACCAAUUUACAAAUUCCGGUCGAUUUCCAUGGUGGCAUUUUGGAUCCAAACACGAAAUUAAUUUAUAUCGAAAAUCGUUUAUACGAUCCAACCGUUGGACAAUGGAUGACACCAUUAUGGGAACCGUUAGCAACAUCAAUGAAUUUCCCGACCGAUGUAUUUAUUUAUCGUUUCCACAAUAAUGAUCCAAUCAACAGCAAAGAUGGAAUGCGUUAUAUGACCGAUUUAGAUUCAUGGUUGUCAUUGUUUGGCUAUGAUUUGCAUAAAAUGCAAGGUUCAAAAUAUACAAAAGAUCGUGUUUAUCAACCGCAAGAAACAAUAAAAUCAUCAUUGUUAGCACCUGAUUUUGGUGUUAUGUCCGGUUUGCAGUGUAUCGUUGAAAAGAUUGAUGAGAAAUUUUCGGACUUUGGUUUUGUGCCGAAGCCAUUGUUAAAAAUGGAACCAAAGACACGAAAUUUAUUGCCACGUGUUGCAUAUCGACGCGGUGUAUUUGGUGAAGGUGUACUUAUUUCACGUAUCGAUGGUCGUGCAAUGGUUAGCGUUGUCGAUGGUUCAAAUAGUGUUGUGCAAGAUGUUGUAUCGUCUGUAUUUAAUAAUUCGUUCUUCCUCGAUUUACAUUUUAGCAUCCAUGAUCAGGAUGUAUUCUAUUUUGUUAAAGAUAAUGUAUUAAAAUUACGCGAUGAUACCGAAGAAUUGCGUCGUCUUGGCGGUAUGUUCAAUACGACAACACAUGAAAUUGCCGAUCAUGGUGGUGCCGGUGGUAAAGAGUUACGUUUACAUGGCCAUGAUGCGGUUGUUAUCAUUAAGUAUGGCGUUGAUCCCGAACAAGAACGACAUCGAAUACUGAAACAUGCACAUAAGCGAGCGGUUGAACGAGCUUGGGAACUUGAAAAGCAAUUGGUUGCGGCCGGUUUUCAAGGUCGUGGCGAUUGGACGGAAGAGGAAAAAGAAGAGCUCAUUUCACAUGGUGAUGUUGAUGGCUUUAUUGGCGUUGACAUUCAUAGCAUUCAUAAAUUUCAUCAACUGGCCGAUGAUCCAGGUAAUGUCGCCUUUCAACGUGAUUCGAAACGAAAACGACGAAAAAGCGGCUUUCACAAAACCACACAAAGACAACAUCGACACGAAACGUGAAAUUUUACACACCACACAAUCGUAACACCAACAUCAACCGCAACAACAAUAAAAUAAAAUAUAAAUAAAUAUAUCUAGUAUAUACACACACAAAAACACAACACACCUAAAAGCAAACAAAACGGUUGACAACUUUGAGACGAAAAGCAAACGCAAAAGUUUUUAAAGUAAAUAAAUGACAAAAACAAGGAAAUGGUGAAUCUAGUUUCAAAACAAUGUAAAUUAUACUUAAGAAUUACAGAUAAUAUGCAUAUAAAUCUAUAUUAUUAUUACUAUUAAAUGAGUAAAAAAAAUGGAAUUGUGAUAAUACUAAUCGGACUAUUUAAAGAAGUAAAUUAAUUUAAUACACAAAGAAAAAGCAGCAUCAAACUCGUUCGAGCAUUCGAUUUGAAGAGCAUCAAACGGAUCAUAACCGCAAAGAAAACGUGAACGAUACACAACUUGAAAUGCAACUAAUGAGCAAAUAAAGAAGAAGAAAAAAAAAAACAUGAAUAUUGAGAUGGGAAAAAGAAAAUGGAAGACGCUAUUCAUACAAGAAAAUUCACAAGUAAACCUAUUAAAGAAAACAACAAGAAAAGAAGAAAAAAAAAACACAAAAAAAACAUAUAUUUAUACCGCAUGAUUAUGAGAAUGAUAAAAUUAUAGCAAAGUAAAUAUUGAGUGAAAUAAAUAACAAAAAAAAAAAACAAUGAGACACACACACACAACAAA